UGCUCCCCGUUAUUCCCUGUGACUCACCUCCUUUUAUCUCUGUUUCGGUCUAUUUUCUCCCUCUCUCCUUUUUGACGUCCGGUCGAUUUUGCUCUCUCUCAUCUCCACUCUAUUUACGCUCUCAGUCCCCCUCUUUCCUUCCUUUUUUUCUGUGCCCUUCUUUCUCCACCCGCUCCUCCUCUCCCUCUCUCUCUGCGGGGUACGCGGGGAUGCGAUGCUCGGAGCAGCACAGGUUGCCAACUCUGACUAGAGAGAAGUAAGUCCAUGACCCUGAACUACUACAGCGAUGGACAAGAAAAGUGYAAAUGGCUACCCUAGAUCCGAAGGAGAGAGUGGAGGUGGGGGUCAGAGGAAGCAGCUGCCCUACUCCGUAGAGACCCCCUACGGCUUCCACCUGGACCUUGAUUUCCUCAARUAUGUGGACGAUAUCGAGAAAGGCAACACCAUCAAGAGGGUGCACAUCCAGCGCAAGGCCAGAGGCCCUCCUAAGUUCAGCACCCUGCCCAGGAACUUCAGCCUGCUUGGGCAUGGAGCCAGGCCGGCCCCUAAGGACACCUGGUCUUCCACCUCCACCCUAGGGCCCAAGCCCCGGGGCAGAAUUACUGAUGUCCAGCAGAUCUUAGAUUUUAGACCCAGUGAUGGAGGUAGUGGCACAUCGGGGGGUCAUAGCCAGAACAGCAGGGUGCAGGGGAGUAGCUUUUCCUCUGCCAGGCCCAGGGAGGAGGCAGGUGCUGGGCCUUGGGUGUUAGGCGAACAGCCCCUGGGGAGGCCCAACCUCCUUCGGACGUCCAGCAUGCCAGUCACCAUCCCGCACAGGAAGGCCUCUGAGUCUGGGGACGAAAGAACGGAGAACGGCUCAUCUGAGAACGUGGUCCGCGCUGUUCCCCAGGACCGGUCGGGGCUGCACCAGCAGAUCACCGCAGCCCUGAAGAGGGUCAGAGAGCUGGAGGACAUGGUGAGGACCAUCCCAGAGCUCAAGUCCCAGAUCUGCUCACUGAGGGUGGAGAGAGAGCAGCUAAUCCUCAGGCUGCAGGUCCAAACCAAGCCCCAGCCUCCAGCCCACCCACAAAGUGCCUCGCCCUCCCCAGCCCUAAGCACUGAUCCUGGGCCAGCCUCUCAGCCGCCGGGGGCUGAAGCAACAGUGGAUCCCGGGAGAGCAGAGAGCACCGUGUCAGAGACAGAAAUGCAACAGGAAUCCUUAAAGAGUACCGCACAAGAAGAAGAACCAGAUAGGCUUUUAGCAGCACAGGAACCAGAGAGACAAGCACAGACAGCAGAGGGACCAGAUAGACAAACAGCAUUUCUGAAUCCAUUAGUGCACACAGAGGAAAGGCAAACAGAGCAACCAGAGAACAUUGCAACACCGAAAGCACCAGAACCUUUAGACAACAGAGUGUUUGUGCAAGUCGUAGAGGGAGUCAGUGUCAGUGGUGAGGAGGACCUGCUCAGUGUCGAACAGCUCCAGGCUAAGCUAGUAGCGCUAGAGGCUAAGCUAAGUCAGGCUAGCGAAGACCUGGAGAGAACGAACAGUCUCCUGAAACAACAGGUAGAGGAGAACAGGAUGAAGGAGGAGAGGAUACUACAGCUGAGCGUGGGAGGGACAGGAGGAGCGGAGGAGGUGUCCAGGGAGAGACAGACAAGUAGGAGGACCAGUGUGGACCAGCAGACCGAGACAGAGAGAGUGGGAAGUGCGAGUCAGGAGACAGAGACGGAGAGGGCGGAUACGGUGGAGCAAGGCACAGAUACAGAAAGGAUAGUCAUCUGUUUAAUCGGAAAGGGGGCUGGUGGUGUGGAACAGGGGACGGAGACGGAGCGGUUUGACACUCAAGACCAGGUGACAGAGACAGAGAUGGUAGUUGUAUGUCCAGUCAGACCGCGGGCUAAAAGUGUGGCUCGGGGAACAGAGACGGAGAGAGUGGAUACAGUGGACCAGGUGACAGACACACCGCCUGGAGUCAGCUUAGACCAGGUGACAGAGACAGAGAUGCAGACAGUAGUCAGUGUAGAUCAGACAACAGAGACAGCACCUGUGCGUCCAGUGAGACCAGCGAGACAUAGGGCUAACAGUGUGGACCGGGGAACAGAGACACAGACACUGGAUCCUGUGAACCAGGUGACAGUGACAGAGACACAGACAGGAGUCCGUGUAGACCAGGUGACAGAGACACAAACACAGACAGCACCUGUACGUCCAGUGAGACRUAGGGCUAACAGUGUGGACAGGGGGACAGAGACAGAAAGAGUGGGUACAGUUGACCAGGUGACAGAGACAGUCGUAGCACAGAGUGCAUAUCAGCAGACAGAGACAGAGGGAGACAGAGUCGAGACCAGCAAUAACCCACAUAGAGAAAUAGAGAUUGAGAGUGCGGCCAUAGUAAGUGCGGCCAUAGAAAGUGCGGUCUCAGAAAUUGUGGAAGCASAACGUGUAGUCUCACGCAGUGUGGUUAAAGAUGGUGAGAUCGCUGAGAGUGCGGUACGUUUUGUGGUUAUAGAAAGUGUGGGCAAAGAGAAUGGGGUCACAGAGAAUGUAGUCACAGGAAGUAUGGUAAAGAGGCAAGUAGUGGUAGUAGAGGAGACUGUCGUUGAACAAAUUACAUUGACUGAAAGUGUUGUUACACAGAGUACAACCACAGAGAGUACAGUCAUAGAGAAUUUGGCAACUGAGAGUGAGGUUGUAAAGACCACAGUUACAGAGAGUACGGUCACAGAAAGUGCGGUCAUAGAAUCUCCAGCCCCAGAGAGCCCAGAAGUAGCACCCAGUCCCUCUUCCAGCCAGACCCAGAUGGGUCAGAAGGAGUCGGAGCAGGCCCAGCCCCAGCCCCAGGACUCUCGUCGGGGGUCCAACCCAGUGUUGGCCCAGGCCCCUCGCCAGGGGUCUAACCCAGCCCUCGGCCAGGUGGUGACGCGCCUCACAGGGCUGAUCAAUGAGCAGUGGGCCCAGCUAGGUAGCAGCCAGGACAAGCCAGACAAGCAGGAGACCACCAGCCCGAGUGCCCAGAAGCCUGCAGAAGGGCAGGGCAUGCCCGCUGCAGGGAAGCCUUUAGCGGGGAAGGCAACGGGGAAGUCAGGUCUGUCUAAGAUGAGCUCCAUCCAGAGCCAGCUGGUCAGCUCCCUCAGUGCCCUGUCUGCCUUCUACUCCCCUGGACAGAAGGCAGCUGCCAGCAAACAACAAGGUCUGAAAUCCAUCAUGAAGAAGAACGAUGCUGCUGACAAGCAGGGGAACAGAGGAGGAGCCAAGAAGAACCUAAAGUUUGUGGGAGUCAACGGAGGGUAAAGAUCGUACAGUGCUGUAUGUAGGUGUAGCCUAUAUACAUGUACUGUAUACUGCAUACUGUAUGCAUUACAGAACUAUAUUUGGGAUAUUUUGCCUAAUGCAUAUUGUUUAUGCUAUAGUACGUAUAGCAUAAUGAAUUCAGCAUACAAUACUAUACAGUUCUAUAGUAUUUACGUUGACUAAAGCAAUUGUACACAAGAGGACGUGCUAAACGACUUAUUUAGCACGGCUGUGUUGCGGUUGUAAGUACGAGGCGGAGCUGAGCACAACCUUGAGUGUACAAUGAAUAACACUAGUUUGAUAAAUGUAUUCAUAGGCUACUAUUUCAUCCCUCCACAAAAAUAUAGUUUCGACACAAAUCUAUGGUUGCAGGCCAAGCCAGCUGGUCGAUUGGCGUCGUUAUCAUUCAAACCUACUGGUCGUUCAUUCAAUUUGCAUCAUUGCUAUGGGCAGGCACUGCUAGUGCUGCUGACAGUGAUAGCGCUGUCCGCCGUGCUGAAUUUAGCGCAUCAAUAAUCACGCUCAUCAAGCAGAAAUACCAACACUUGUAGCCUACUGCCGGACCAUUUUACAGAAAGGGGAAUUAUUGUAAUCAUAAAACUGACACGAUUGAUUUAUUUCCAUCAUCCACUAUUUGUUGUAAACAUUAAUGUGCUCAUUGCCGUUCAUUGUGCAGCCUUUGGAGUAUGCAUCUAACUGGGCCUAGUCAGCCGUUUAGCCGGAACUGGCGGGUGGUUCGUGAAGUCGGACCCUGUCAGGAUGUUGUUCCACCUUUUCCUGCUGUCCAGGGAAGGGGUCCAGUUGGCUAGCUCUUCAGGGAGCUCUCCGGCUCUAUGCCCGCUGAUUGUCAUUAUCUCUCUGGCUUUCA